GCCUAUUUUGAAUCACAAUAACCUAGACGCCCGAGCCAUCGGAGCUCCCCUCCACCCUCUCAUAGGGGUUGGGUUGGUCGGGCUUUUUCCAUGUCACACCCCACCGCAGCUCCGCUAUCAGGACCACCCCUCUCACAACCCUCGUCGGCAGCGAUGUCUCCCUUGUACAAACAGAAAUCUUGGUCACCGGACACGUUUCGCGACGAGGCGUGGCAGCGGCGGAAGGGUAUCCAUGGAAGCUGGGUCAAACGGCGGAGCAAGAGCGUUACCGAUGAGGACUUUGAUGAGAUUAAGGCUUGUAUCGAAUUAGGGUUUGGAUUUGAUUCGCCAGAAAUGGAUCAGCGAUUGUCUGAUACUUUUCCGGCGUAUGACCUGUUUUACGCCGUGAAUAAACAAUACACCGACACUCUUUCAAAGACUUCCUCUGUAUCAUCGGCCAUCUCCAAUUGCGAGUCAACCCUUCCUCCCGUUAGUCCCCACACCAUUGUCUUUCCAGGAGAUAAUCCACAGGCAGUGAAGACAAGGUUGCGGCAAUGGGCACAGGUGGUUGCGUGUGUGGUGCGUCAAUCUUCGUAUUAAUGGAUGCGCAUAUAUUGAAUGAAUAAGAAGAUGAUGGUAAUUUGUUGUGUACCAGUACUAUUGUUUUUCAGGGCAAAAAGGAUUAACUCAUACUUAGUUUGAAAAAGUAAUUAUAGUUAAGAUUGAUAUUCAAUCUUGGCGCUGUUGAUAUAAUUUUUAUUAGUAUGAUGAUUGUGUUGCAACCACAUAUACAGCUGGUCCAUCCCCGAACAAACUCAUGUUAAUUAAUUGCUAGUAGCUUUGUUUGUUGAUAUUUCCAUCAUCUGUAACAUCAUUCAGCAAGUGGGACAUGACUUGUUCUUCUUUAAUUUGAAAGACUCACUUUUCUCUUUGGAA